GUCACUGGAAGGUGGAGUCGAUUAACAAUAAUUGAUGCGUAAACUCCAGUUUCCAGUAGGGAAUCGAUAAUGAGCCAUCAACGCCACCUACAGUUGCUUCGGUUCUUCAACAGUAACCUCUACGGUAAGCGGCCUUGGUGUACAACUGUUCCCAGUGGCUUCCCAGUAGCACACUGCACCUCGAACCUUUCGGCAGGAUCAAGACUUCAAGAACUGAAAGAAGUGAACCUAGACGCUUGCAAGAUGGGUUCUCUUGCAACGUUCCUCGUAAUAUCUUCUCUUGCUUACUUCGUAAGCGGAACAGAAUUAAAGUUUAAACUCCACAGAAAAGAAGGAACUUUUAAACCUGUAACUUUUCCUACAGUCAGGAGAUCUGCAAGUUUAACCUUCAAGAACUUAAGAAAUGAAGAAUAUUGGGCAAGUCUCACUAUUGGGACUCCACCUCAGAAGUUUGAAGCUAUGUUUGACACUGGAUCUCAUCUUUUGUGGGUUCCAAACAGGAACUGUAGCAACUGCUAUCACAAGAAUAUGUUUGAUGAAAGCAAAUCAUCAAGUUAUGUCGACUUGAACAGAUCGAUAUCCAUCGAUUACGCCAUUGGUUAUAUGCGAGGUAGAUGUGGAAAGGAUGUAGUAAAUAUAGCCGGAAUAGAAGUUAAGGAUCAGGAGAUGGCGACAGCUCUGGAGGGUGCUUUUCAAGAAAAUCUCUUCGACGGAAUCGUAGGAUUAUCAUUCUCACCAAACAGGCCCGAUGUCCUGACUUCAGUAUUGGAGAACUUUCUAAGCCAGAAGCUACUGAAAAGAAAUGUUAUGUCAUUUUAUAUGAACAGAAAAGGAGAUCCUAAAGAUGGCGGUGAGUUCGUACUCGGAGGAUGGAAUAAAAACCUUUUCGACCCUGAGAAAAUUGAAUACAUCCAAACUGAAUCCUACGACUGGGGAAUUAAAAUUGAAUCGAUGUAUUUCGGUAAAGAAAAAGGAUAUUGCAACAAUUGCUAUGCCAUCGCAGACACUGGGAGUACGAUGAUUACUGGACCAAUCAAUGAGAUGAUGAUUUACAUAAACAAGUUGAAUGCCGAAGAACUGGAAGAUGGUUACCAUUUCGUAAAAUGCGACAGGGUUGACAGCCUUCCAGAUUGGACCAUUAUGAUUAGUGGAAAGAGGUUCACUUUGAAACCAUGGGACUAUACUUUCACGAAUUCUUCUCACCCUGGUUACUGUAUGCUUGGAUUUACUGGAAACUAUGAAACGGAUUGGGUACUUGGUACAAUGUUCCUUUCCAACUACUACACCGUUUUUGAUAUCGAGAAAAGGAGAGUUGCCUUUGCACCACUGAAAGUAGACAAAAGGAAUUACUGAUGCGGAACUCUCUUCCUAUAAGAGAAACUUUGAUAUGAUGCCAAGAAAUAUAUAAUAUUUUAUAUCUAAACGAAACGAACAAAGUCUAUAUUUCAGAUAUUUUAAUUUUUUUUUCUCAACUUAUAUGUUUUAUACUUUGAUUGAUAAUAAACAUAUUUUUAAAUAUAUGCUUUAUUAUACAAAACCAAUUAUUUACCAAUUCCUG